AUGGUUUAUCGCACCAAUGUCAGUUACAUAAGCCACUUCCUGCGCGAGGUGGAUAUGUUCAGCGGUCUGUCGGAGCGAAAUCUGGACCGCAUCGCAUCGUUGUGCGAAGAGUACACUUUCGCGCCCGAAGAACAUCUGGGCAUGCAGGAUGAGCACGGAACAAACCUGUAUGUCAUACGAGACGGGGAGAUAAGGGUAAGCGUAGGUUCGCAGGAUACGGGCGUGGUGGUGCGGACGGUGCGAGAGAAGGAAACAUUUCCCGAUUGCGGUGCUGAUGGAGCCGCCUCUGCUGGUUACGACUACGCAGGCGGUUACAGAAGUCACUGCGUAUGUAUUACCGCGGGUCAGGCUGAUGGAGCUGUGCGAGCUUGA